AUGCGCCUUUACCUCAGUGGCAGGUGUGGAUGAAUCUACAGCGCGCCCAGAGAUUUGCCAAAGAAAUCAAAACAGACGAUCCCUCAAACUGACGCGGAACACAGCAUUCUCAACCAGGAUUGUGAACGAGAAAAUAACUUCUCACCUCUAAACUAACAUAAUUGUAACUUCAUCGCGAUGGAUGAGCUGGAUGAGACUCAGUUAAACAAUCAUGUAGAAAGUCUGAAGCAGCAGCUACAGUAUAACAGAGAGAAGACAUCCGUCUCUAUUCCAGAGCUGGUCAAAUGGAUUGAGGAGAAAAUGACCGAAGAUGCAUUUCUAAAUCCUGACGUGGUGAAGGAGAACCCGUGGGUGGAGACAAGCAAAUGUGUUGUGCUUUAGCAUCAACCUUUACUCAUUGCUAUGUCAACACACAUGGCUCCACCUACUGCGACGGUUACACCCCCUAACUUUGACUAGGAUAAAUGCACUUGCAAAUGAAUUGGUUGUCUGUUAAUCUGGCUUGUUGUUUGCUUUUAUCAGGCAAAGAAAGACGAAAAACUAAUGUUAACCAGUGAAAACAUGUAUUUAUAAAAGUGUCAGAUAACUUUAGAAAACAAUAAAAAUGAACAACUCAAUUCAAAUGUUACAUUUUUUUUUAGAAAUAUUCAAAUUUAUGUAAUUACACAGUACAAGAUUCAGAACAUUUG